AUGUGGAAGCGCUCUUGCGAGGAUUAUAUGAAAUUUCUCCUUCGCCUUUCUUCCUACCGUCUUCUAAUACUAAGCUUGGAAGAGAUCACAAACCACACCACCCAAAACCAGGGCGGAAAGACCAUGCAAAACUGCCAGAGUGUUUCGACAGAGUUGAUGGUGAAGCUCCUAGGUUCCGAGUCAAGCAAUGGAAAGCGAAAGGACCGGCCCAAGGAUUCACUCCCCGAAGUUGGUCACGAAAACCUGAAAUUUUCCCAGUUAAUGACACCUCGAAAUGUCUCGGAAUGGAUACCAGAGAUGAUUUACGUGUCGCCGGUGGAUCUCCGGCGCAUUUUCGCAACCCUGGGUGGCGAGUUGGAUCGACAUCUAAUUGAGUCUCAACCACUUGAGGAGAAGCAAUGA